CUGAGUAUCGCCACGCCUGAGGAGCAGCCAGGCAGGAACUCCUGCGAGGCACACCGCGGCCGAACAGCUGCCCACUUCCACGCCGAGCGGUGACGGGAGGGUGGGAGGGCACGCUGUGGUUCCCCCCAGGAUGCUGCUGUUCCAAUACGGAGUCUCCCUGACACUGCUGUCCCUCUGGGCAGGGGCCAGGGGCCUGGAGUCGGGAGAGCGCCAGGUCUACGGGAUCCCUGGGACGCCCUUGCUGUUGGACAGGGGUCGAUCCGCACUGCCCCAGCACGAGAUCUACAGCCUGACCUGGAAGCGGGAAGGACAGUAUUCCCGACGGAUCCUCCAGUACGUGCUGGUCAGCGACAGGGUAUAUCCCGCCCGGUCCUACCGGAACCGAAUACGUUUCCACAAGGAAAAUGGUACCCUCGUCCUCCUCUCCUUCGGCUCUGAGGACGUGGGUCUCUACUGCCUCACUGUGACUGACGUCGGGGGCUCCGAGCUGACUUCCUGCAUCCGGGUGCUCCUGUACGCCUCUCCUUCUCCGGCAGAACAGGUCUCCGAGUUGGCUAUUGAGGUAUCUAGAAACCCCACCAACGUGACCUUCAGUUGCUCCGCACGGAAUGGGACAGAGGUCCGCUAUCACUGGCUCAAGGACGGUGAAGAUCUCUCGGUAACCAAUGACACGUUGAUAUCUGACGAUGGCCACCAGCUGUUGCUGACGUCAAUGGACCCAGUGCUUUGUGGGAUCUAUACCUGUCUCGUGACCAAUAAACUUGGCCAAACAUUGGUGAACAAGACUAUCUCAGGGUCGGAGGGGUUUGAACAGUGCACGCAGGUUCGGAAAGGGCGAGGUGUACAAACGAGACUCAGAAUGAUUGGAUUCUCUGUCAUCCUGGUGUUGGUGGCUGGUGUGUUUCUGAUGGUACUGCAGAGUCAAUCGAGUGGUCUUUGAGGUCAGAGUGCAUCGUGAUUGAACCAAUCCAGGUGGAAAAAGGUUUUUCCGACAUAUCUCCCGGGUCACAAAACAUCAAUCAAUAUUUCCCACCAUCCAGAUUCUCCCCUGAUUACAGUGAAUCCAACACCAUCUCCCUCUGUCCCGAAUCUGCCCAGAUCACUGUGGAUCCAACACCAUCUCCCUCUGUCCUGAAUCUGCCCAGAUCACUGUGGAUCCAACACCAUCUCCCUCUGUCCCGAAUCUGCCCAGAUCACUGUGGAUCCAACAGCGUCUCCCUCUGCUCAGACACUCCCCGAUCACUGUGAAUCCCAUAGCAUCUCCCUCUGUCCCGACUCUCCCCAGAUCACUGUGGAUCCAACAGCAUCUCCCUCUGCCCAGACUCUCCCCAGAUCACUGUGGAUCCAACAGCAUCUCCCUCUGCCCAGACUCUCCCCAGAUCACUGUGGAUCCAACAGCAUCACCCCCUGAUCAGACUCCCCCCUGAUCACUGUGGAUCCAACAGCGUCUCCCUCUGCCCAGACUCUCCCCAGAUCACUGAGGAUCCAACAGCGUCUCCCUCUGCCCAGACACUCCCCAGAUCACUGUGGAUCCAACAUCAUCUCCCUCUGCCCCGACUCUCCCCAGAUCACUGUGGAUCCCAUAGCAUCUCCCUCUGCCCAGAUUCUCCCCAGAUCACUGUGGAUCCAACACCAUCUCCCUCUGUCCCGACUCUCUCCAGAUCACUGUGGAUCCAACACCAUCUCCCUCUGCCCAGACACUCCCCAGAUCACUGUGGAUCCAACAGCAUCUCCCUCUGUCCCGACUCUCUCCAGAUCACUGUGGAUCCAACACCAUCUCCCUCUGCCCAGACACUCCCCAGAUCACUGUGGAUCCAACAGCAUCUCCCUCUGCCCCGACUCUCCCCAGAUCACUGUGGAUCCAACAGAUCUCCCUCUGCCCAGACUCUCCCCAGAUCACUGUGGAUCCAACAGAUCUCCCUCUGCCCAGACUGUCCACAGAUCACUGUGGAUCCAACAGCAUCUCCCUCUGCCCAGAUUCUCCCCAGAUCACUGGGGAUCCAACACCAUCUCCCUCUGCCCUGACUCUCCCCAGAUCACUGUGGAUCCAACAGUGUCUCCCUCUGUCCCGACUUUCCCCAGAUCACUGUAGAUCCAACACCAUCUCCCUCUGCCCUGACUCUCCCCAGAUCACUGUGGAUCCAACAGCAUCUCCCUCUGUUCCGACACUCCCCAGAUCACUGUAGAUCCAACAGCGUCUCCCUCUGCCCAGACUCUCUCCAGAUCACUGUGGAUCCAACAGAUCUCCCUCUGCCCAGACUCUCCCCAGAUCACUGUGGAUCCAACGUCAUCUCCCUCUGCCCAGACUCUCCCCAGAUCACUGUAGAUCCAACAGCGUCUCCCUCUGCCCAGACUCUCUCCAGAUCACUGUAGAUCCAACAGCAUCUCCCUCUGCCCAGACUCUCCCCAGAUCACUGUGGAUCCAACGUCAUCUCCCUCUGCCCCGACUCUCCCCAGAUCACUGUGGAUCCAACAGCAUCUCCCUCUGUUCCGACUCUCCCCAGAUCACUGUAGAUCCAACAGCGUCUCCCUCUGCCCAGACUCUCUCCAGAUCACUGUGGAUCCAACAGAUCUCCCUCUGCCCAGACUCUCCCCAGAUCACUGUGGAUCCAACGUCAUCUCCCUCUGCCCAGACUCUCCCCAGAUCACUGUAGAUCCAACAGCGUCUCCCUCUGCCCAGACUCUCCCCAGAUCACUGUGGAUCCAACAGUGUCUCCCUCUGCCCCGACUCUCCCCAGAUCACUGUGGAUCCAACAGCAUCUCCCUCUGCCCCGACUCUCCCCAGAUCACUGUGGAUCCAACAGAUCUCCCUCUGCCCAGACACUCCCCAGAUCACUGUGGUUCCAACAGAUCUCCCUCUGCCCCAACUGUCCACAGAUCACUGUGGAUCCCAUAGCAUCUCCCUCUGCCCUGACUCUCUCCAGAUCACUGUGGAUCCAACAGCAUCUCCCUCUGCCCCGACUCUCUCCAGAUCACUGUAGAUCCAACAGCAUCUCCCUCUGCCCAGACUCUCCCCAGAUCACUGUGGAUCCAACAGUGUCUCCCUCUGUCCCGACUCUCCCCAGAUCACUGUGGAUCCAACACCAUCUCCCUCUGCCCAGACACUCCCCAGAUCACUGUGGAUCCAACAGUGUCUCCCUCUGCCCAGACACUCCCCAGAUCACUGUGGAUCCAACAGCAUCUCGCUCUGCCCAGACAGUCCCCAGAUCACUGUGGAUCCAACAGAUCUCCCUCUGCCCAGACACUCCCCAGAUCACUGUGGUUCCAACAGAUCUCCCUCUGCCCCAACUGUCCACAGAUCACUGUGGAUCCCAUAGCACCUCCCUCUGCCCUGACUCUCUCCAGAUCACUGUGGAUCCAACAGCAUCUCCCUCUGCCCCGACUCUCUCCAGAUCACUGUGGAUCCAACAGCAUCUCCAUCUGCCCCGACUCUCUCCAGAUCACUGUGGAUCCAACACUACCUCCCUCUGCUCAGACUCUCCCCAGAUCACUGUGGAUCAAACAGAUCUCCCUCUGCCCCGAAUCUCCCCAGAUCACUGUGGAUCCAACACUACCUCCCUCUGCUCAGACUCUCCCCAGAUCACUGUGGAUCCAACAGCAUCUCCCUCUGCACUGACUCUCCCCAGAUCACUGUGGAUCCAACGUCAUCUCCCUCUGCCCAGACUCUCCCCAGAUCACUGUGGAUCCAACAGCGUCUCCCUCUGCCCCGACUCUCCCCAGAUCACUGUGGAUCCAACAGUGUCUCCCUUUGCCCCAACUCUCCCCAGAUCACUGUGGAUCCAACACCAUCUCCCUCUGCCCUGACUCUCCCCAGAUCACUGUGGGUCCAACACCAUCUCCCUCUGCCCAGACUCUCCCCAGAUCACUGUAGAUCCAACAGCGUCUCCCUCUGCCCUGACUCUCCCCAGAUCACCUUGGAUCCAACAGCAUCUCCCACCAUCCAAUGUGAUCUGGGGAGAGUCUGGGAAGAGGGAGAUGAUGCUAGAGCCACUGUGUCUGGGGAGAGUCUGGACAGUGAAAAACACUGGAUCUACAGAGGGAGAUGCUGGUGGAUCCACUAUGAUCUGGAGAGAGUCUGGAUAGUGGGAGAUGCUGUUAGAUCCAGACUCUCCCUAGAUAACAUUGCAUCCAACUGUGUCUCCCACCAUCCAGACCCUCCUCAGAUCGAAGAGGAUCGAACAGUGCCCUCCCGCCCCCCACUCCAGUCGCUCCCAGACCACAGUGGAUUGAAUGAUGCCUCUCCUGAAGACACCAGUAGAUACCCUGGAGAUGGUUUCCAUGCUGAGGGAGUGAGGUGGGAAGUCAGGCAAUGAAAGGAGCAGUCCUGCAGCCUCCCUGGAUAUGAUAUACAAAAGGAGGCCAUUCAGCCCAUCACAGUGGAAGUGCAGGAUAUUGAUCAGCCGUGCUUGUAAAUGCUUUAUUUUUGAUAUUGUUUGAGUAAUUUAUUGUACAGUAAUAAAACCAAUAACCAGUG